AUGGUUCACUUUAUCAAGACAGCUUUCUUGUUUAUUUCAAUCCUCGGUCUUAAUGAAUGCUUCAUGAAUGACCCACCCAACAGGCCACCACGCGCAGGCAAACGUACCCAUCGCGGCUGCUACCAAGGCCUGUCAGACACGGCCGACCCAGUCGUCAAGGUCAAAGGCGACAAAACCAAGAACACAUGGACUGCCUGCGGCCAAUACUGCCUCGCCAAAGGAAAACCCAUGGCUCUGGUCCAAGGCGAAGACUGCUACUGUUCAGAAACCAUACCGAAUCGACGCAAAAGUGUCGGGGGCUUCGGCCAUUAUUGUAUGGACCCUUGCCCAGGCAAACCAACUGACCUUGUCGCCUGUGGUAGCGAAAGGUUUGGAAGUUUCAGUGCUAUCAAUACCGGUCUCAAGCGCGAGCUUUUCCCUGAUCAGGAUCCGUUGCCUGAUGAUCAGAUACCAGAUUGUCUAGGCUGUACCUUCAAGCUACCCAGCGAUGCCGUGGUUCUGGGCGAGGCCAGUGGUGUUCAGAGCUGCCGGCGCGCUUGCAGAUAUCUGAAGUCGAAGACGUUGAUGUUGUACGACAAGCAGUGCGUUUGUACGAACGCUACUGUGUCAGAACAUGGACUUGAUCGCGUCCCAGAGGAAAUUUGUUCUUUACGAUGGGCUAGAAAGCCUUGUGGUGGAUAUUCGUAUUCCCUCCGCUCUGCACUUUUCAGCGUGUAUGACGCGAGUGAGCCCGAGAAGCCUGCACCAGAUGCAACUACGCCACAAGACGCAGCGUCACCCACCCAUACCCAGCCUGCCAAGGCCGCUACGCCAACUUCCUGGCGCUCAGUUGGGGAGCUUAUAGAGGAUGCGGAUAUGCAAGUUCAGCUGCAGUUACUGAUCCUUGAGGGAGAAGUUUGGGAGAUGUUUGCGUGGAUGGGUCGCUUCAUGACAAAGCUGGUUACGCCGAGGGAAGGACAUGAAGAUGAUGAUAGAGAGCUUGACUUACAAUGA